UUGACAAGUAAAAACGUUUCUUCUCCAAAAAUUAGCAUUGCUUCGUCGUCAUCUCCAUCUCUCUUCGAGGAAAGCAUUAUUCUACAAAGUUUCAUCUUCAUUCUCAGUAUCUCAGCUGUCCUGGUUAACACUUUAACAAUGACCGUGAUUUUUUCUAAAUACCAGCUUAGAUCUCUCAGUACUAUGUACUUAGCUGGACAUGUCGCAGUAUGUGAUCUCUUGAUUGCACUUUAUUUAUUGGUUGCUGUUAUUCAUACUGCCGUCCUCUCCAUUGUAGAUGAGGAAACAGAGCAAUACUAUGAUAUUUGGUGGAGAUUUAUCUGCCCGCUGAUAAUUUCAAUUCGUUCCAUCGGGCAACUCGUGGAGCCAGUUGUUUUGUUCUUCUUGACGUUAGAUCGCUACAGACGCAUAGUAAACCUUUCAAAGCCUCCUCUGCGCCACAGAUCUUUCUCCAUAGCAACUAAAUUGCUAUGGUUUUCUGCAGUUGUUGUUGUUUUUGCAAGUUUAUCCACGCUGAUUGGAAAACAAAGCUUCUCUGGAGCUUUAUGCUCACGAGUCGACACAUCGGGGAAAUCUAUUGACUCUUACGUAGAGAGAGCACUAAUUGCAAGUAGCUCUAUAUUGUUCAUUACGUGCUGUGGCAUGUACCUGCGGAUAUACAGAGUGGUAAAAAACCAGAAUCAGCGGAUGAGAACACAAGCUUAUUUACGAGUGUCUAAAGUAAUAUUUGUCCUCAUGUUGAGCACUCUUGUGUUAUGGUUCGUUCCCGCCAUGGUAGUGGCUUCAAUCGGACGUCAGGACUCCAUGAGAGAAAUUAGACAGCUGAUAAUCUUGUCUUCAUUCACAAUAAACUCACUGGUUAAUCCUUUGAUUUAUGUGUUUAGAGAAAAGAAAUUCCAACGAGUUGCCUUCUCCUGGUUAAAUCGCACAUCUUCAAAAAGAAGAGGAAUACUU